AUGCGUUCCUUCUCAGCGCUUGUGGCUUUGGCUUUUGCAAGUUCUUUCGAACAUGUUGCUGCCAGCAAUUGUAAGCCCUCGUCACCAGAAGGAGCAAAGACUACGGAUCCCGCUUCGAUUGCCAGCGGAACAUCAACGAAAUCGGUUCCACCGUCUGAAACAACCGACGGACCGGUAGUCAUCACUAAUGCUGUGACGAAUGGCGACUUUGGAGGCUAUGAUCCUUCGUCCGAUGGCGGUAUCUACGCCUUUCAAGCAGGUGAUGCGAAACUCCUUCAAGGCCCAGGAUAUCAGGGAGACCACACCGACGAGAGGAACUGUGUGCAACUCAAGACCAAUUCGGGAACUCCUGGUCAAAAGCGAGAUUUCAUACCCGAUAAUCCCUAUAUUCAACAACAGCUCGACAAUCUGGAGCCCAGUGACUUUACUGUUCGCUUCUGGUACUCUAUCGUGAACAAUGCUAUCGCGGAUACAUGCCGUAUCGAAGGACUUUACGGAAACGUUCAAUUUGGAGCAACUCCAUACUUUCCUAUUGUCACUAAUGGCAACAACUGGUUGGAGUUUGUUGACUCGAUGCCUGUCACCACUACAAGCGGAAUGAUCCGUUUUGAGCUCAACUGUAUCAACGGAGGCUCUGCUGAAGUCUAUUUUGACCAAGUCUUUGUAUCAAACAAGAUCGGUGAUGAAUGGGUUGAUGGCAUUUCAUUGUUCUUUCCUACGUCGAAGCAUGCUGCUACCAUUGCUCCGGCUCAAACAAGCACCGCUCCUGCUGUGGGCACAGCUACGAUCAGCAGCGACAACACCGAGUCUUCUAGCCCUCCUACAAGUCAAGCUUCUCAAGAACAAACUACUACCGAUGAAGCCUCGGCAACUGACAAGACAGUCGAGUCUACCUCCGCCUCCGCCUCCGCCUCUGAAUCAGCCCCGACUUCUGUGCCUACUGAUCCUACCAACUCCGGCCCCAAGCUCUGUGCCAAACUCGGAACAGGCGCAGUUGGUCGAGGCUGCGCCAAGAGGCCUUAUAGCAGCACCAAAGGCUACAAAGGGUACGGCGGAAGCAAGAUCACAAAGGAACAAUGUGCCGCUCUCUGCCUUUCAGAUACCAACUGCCAAAGCUUCGAAUGGCGUUAUUUUGGCAGCGGGUGCGCCAACACAUGUAAUCUCCUUGCUACGAGCUGGGCAGACAUUCCCACCAACGGGGGCUCCGAUUCAGCCUGGGCCUACGAUCGAAGCUGCAUUCAGGAGGACGAAUGCGCCGAGCAACCCGCUGGCUCUGUAUGCGUAAAUGUCAACGCUGACACACCCGCCAAAUCUUGCACUCAAGUCAAAGGCAAAGCGAAAGCUUGUGCCAAGCCCUUCCUAACUGCCCCAACGAACGGCGCCUGCGGUCUUAGUAACGAAUGCCGCGAUCUUUGUGCCAAGUACCCCUCUUGUAAAUCUUAUGCAGCGACCUUUGGCAGCUGUAGCUUGUACGAUGCUAGAUCUUCUGAGGUCGCCGAGGCCGGUAGUGAUCUUUUCUGGUUCACGGACAUGGAUUGCCAUGCUUGUGGACAGGGAAAUGCCUACUUCGAUUACAUAUCUAUUGGUCAAGACCCUACGAACAUGCCUCAGUGGACAUGUGCUGCGGAGGAUAAGACAACUUCGACUCUUGCCGCGCCCACGACUACCAAUCCAGCUGUCACAACCACCUCUGACGCUGAAUCAACCACGAGUGCAAGCGAAGCCAGUGACAAGGCGGACUCAUCGACCGUCGUUCCAACUACAACUUCUAUAUCUCCCUCCGCCACAGCAUCUCUGUGUGCCAACGGCGUUCCAUCCCCUGGAAUUUGUUCCACCGCAAACGUUGUGCCUUCAACAGCAACAUGUGGCAAGCGUGGUUGGCCACACAAUGUUGAGCCAUAUGCCCGUAGUCUGGCUGACUUCCCUAACCAAGACACAUUCGAAGACUGCGCUAUCAUUUGCAAGCUCGAUAGGUCGUGCAAGGCCUUUGCUAUCGACCCUACCCGGUCUGGGAUGAGGUGUAUGUUCAGCUCAGACCCAACUAUCGAUGGAGUCUCCAAUGCACCUGGUGUAUGGAGUAAUUUGGAGUGUAUGAGCUGCACGCUCUGUGGUGACGCAGUCACUUCUUCGCAGCCUGUAUCUGAGGCCCCAACAACCAUGAUCACCUCGACACGGCCAGCUGGCGAGGAUUCCUCCACCCAAGCUGCAACAAGCGCAUCGAGGGAGCCAACCACGACUCAGACAACGCCAGAGCCCACGGAUUGUGCAGUACCCUCAGCCUCUCUAAGCGACGACGUCACCUGUGGUAUCCCCGGUCAAAGCGGCCAACAAGCUCAAAGCGCUCGUCUCUUGAACUAUGUCAUCAAACCAGUUGGAAGUCUGGCCAACUGCGCCGCCGUCUGCCUCCAACGGGCAGAUUGUCAGGGCUUCGCGUAUGUCAAGAGCAACACUGAGUGUUAUCCAUUCAGCGUUGGGCCUGCUGGCUUAGGGAUCACGUAUAAUCCACAGGGCACAGAGAAAUACUAUGAUAGAGGGUGCUUCUCGUGUGCUUCAUGA